AUGGCUCCAAAAGUUGCAAUUAUCAUCUAUACCUUGUACGGACAUACCGCUAUAUUGGCUGAAGCUGAAAAGAGGGGUGUCGAAGCCGCUGGUGGUACUGCUGAAAUCUUCCAAGUGCCAGAGACUUUGUCUGCAGAUGUCGUUAAGGCUCUCGGUGGUCCUGCCAAGCCAGACUACCCAUUGGCCACUAAGGAUACUUUGACUGAGUACGAUUUCUUCUUGUUCGGUAUUCCAACCAGAUUUGGUAACAUGCCAGCACAAUGGAAGGCUUUCUGGGAUGCUACUGGGGGCUUGUGGGUUAAAGGUGCCCUUCACGGAAAAGUAGCAGGUAUCUUCGUCUCUACUGGUACCGGUGGUGGUAAUGAAGCUACUGCUAUGAACUCUCUGUCUACUUUGGCUCAUCACGGUAUCAUCUUCGUGCCAUUGGGUUACAAAAACGCCUUUGCUGAGCUGUCAAACAUUACUGAACCUCACGGUGGCUCCCCUUGGGGUGCUGGUACCCUAGCUGCCGCCGAUGGAUCUCGUUCUCCAUCUGAGUUGGAGUUGAAGGUCCACGAGAUUCAAGGUAGAACUUUUGCUGAAACAGUCGCCAAGUUCUAG